AUGGCUGACCUUCGAGAGUCGCCCAGGCGUCCAACGAGCGCCCAAACAGCCUCGCAUCUACAAUACCCGACCCUCCCGCCGCUGACUGCCUCAGUAGAAGAGUGGUUGUCCCGCUCACGGCCAACAAACAACAUGACGUCAGACCACAUCGCUGAUUCUCCCCCAAAGGUCCUCAGCGAAAGUUGGGCGACCCUCAGUGUGUCCGACUUACACUCCGAGGAUGGGAGCCGUUCCGAGCAGACAGAUAUCGGUUCCCUGCUCGAUCAAUCUACCCCCGACGAUGUGGCUAGCCUGGACGAUCAAGACAGCGGCAGCGAUGAGGAUAACCCGGAGCAGGAAUACCCUCUUGAUUAUGACAACCGGGACCAGGAAGAGCUACAUGCCCUCGCGACAUCACAACAGUUUCCAUCGCGAUUCUCUCAUACAGGAUCUGCUAUUGAUGAUAGCAACCUGACCACCCGACCCCCCCUUCCGCCAGUCCCUGAACUCGAUUGA